UUUAGCGUUUUUAUUUGUAAUUUUUUCAUUUUUCUAUGUACAUUAAAAAUUUUGUUUGGGAACUUAGGGAUAAGUAGUUGAUUACUCAAUCUACAGUAUGUACACAAAUUACCCUUUUCCAUUUUCAUGAUCUUGGCGUUUUGUCCUUUUAAUUUUUUUGUCAAUUUAUUUUUAUUUUUUUCUUUGUUUUUUCUUAUUUUCAGUUUAAUGGUUCAAGCUAGUGUUUCUCCCCCAGUUCCUCAUUGGGAACUUGGAAUUGGCUCUAUUGCUUGUCAUGCAUGGAAUAAAGAUAGAACACAAAUUGCCGUCUCUCCAUCAAAUAAUGAAAUACACAUUUUUGAAAAGUCUGGUGAUUGUUGGCGUUCAAUACAUAUUCUUUCUGAACAUGAUUUGCUUAUAACAGGAAUUGAUUGGGCGCCAGACACAAACAGAAUAGUUUCUUGUUCUCACGAUAAAAAUGCUUUUGUUUGGACAUUUGAUCCCAAACAGGGACAAUGGAAACCGGAAUUAGUUUGGAUUCGAACAAAUCGGGCAGCAACUUGUGUAAAGUGGUCACCUAAAGAAAAUAAAUUUGCUAUUGGAACUGGUGAACGAUUAAUUGCUGUUUGUUAUUAUGAGCGUGAGAAUAAUUGGUGGAUAUCUAGACAAAUUAAAAAACCUAUUCGUUCAACUGUUAUUUCUCUUAAUUGGCAUCCAAAUAAUGUUCUUUUGGCAACUGGUGCUUGUGAUUUUACAACUCGAGUAUUUUCUGCUUAUGUUAAAGAGGUUGAUGAUAAACCUUCACCAAAUCCUUGGGGAACUAAAAUGCCUUUUGGUGAAUUAUUAAAAGAAUAUAAAACUGGUGGUUGGGUAAAUGAUGUAGCCUUUUCUCCUUCUGGAUGUCGAUUAACUUGGGUUUGUCAUGAUUCAACAAUUUCAAUUUUUGAUUCAACCCAACAGCAGCUAACAAUCACACAAAAAACACCCUUUUUGCCUUUUACUUCGGUUAAAUGGAUUAAUGAAUCUGAAAUAUUGACUGCUGGUUUUGAUUGUUCGCCAAUUCUUUAUAAUUUUGACGGUUCUACAAUUAAAUUUAUUUGUAAAUUGGUAAACAAAUUAAAAAACUUCCAAAAAAAUUUUAUUUUAAAGGAUGUUCCUUCAGAAAAUAAAAAUAAUCAAGCAAAUGUUAAUAGUGCCUUUGCAAUGUUUCGAAAUUUUGAUAAAAGGGCAGCUGUGGCAAAUGGUGGAGGGGGAAGUGAAUUUGGAAUCAAUAAUUCUUUGAAUAAUUCUUUUGCAAAAACUUUACAUCAAAAUACUAUUUUGUAA